AUCCAGGGCUUGUGCCUGAGUCCGGCGUCCGUGGAUGGAAGUGGAGAUAGCGUUCGAGAUGGGUCCUGAGAGAAUCUUACCAAACUCUGAGGAGGAGCUGGUUCAGGAGCGGCCGUCGGACGGCGGGGUGCCCGAGGUGGGCGGGGAGUGGAGUGGAGAGGAAGAGGGCGGUGUGGGAGACGAGGAGGAUAAUGGAGGUUACUAUUACCAGCCACUAAACCAGGACCCUGAUGGACUAAAUGCUGGACCCGGGGACCAUCCUGAGGAUAUGCCCCCAGUAGCAGAGCAACUGCAAGAAGUCCAGGAGAGAAUAGAGGUAUCUAACCCUAUAUUCUGAAUAUGAUCGGUUUAGUUUUUCAAUUUGUGUCAUGUGUUUAUCAUCUCUAUUAAGACAAGUCAGUGAAAUGUCAGUUGUCAUAUUGCUUGUCAAGACAUUUAUCAAUCUUGAUUGAUUUCUCCACAGUCGAUGGGCUUGCAUCUUCCCCAGCCCCCUCCCCCAGACAGUGAUGAGGAGGAGGACCCAAAAGGAGCCCAGCGCAGCGCAGCCUCCAUCCCAAUGGAUGAAGGUGAGGACCCAGCCUUGCUUUGUUCAUCCACAGUACCCCAACAUACAGGGGUCAGGGGGAUACUCAUACUGCCUGAGGAUUGACCGUAGCUCUUACAAAUUCUACAUGGUGUAACUCAGAAUUACUUAGAAUCAUGAAGUUUCAAUCUAAUGUAGUGCCUUGUACUGAUGUCCACUCCUCUCCUUCAGACCACGUGGAGCUGGUGAAGAGGACCAUGGCAGCAGUGGCCCUGCCCUCUCUGGCCAUCCCAGCCUGGGCUCAGGAGAUCUCAGACGACCAGUGGAAGGACAUGGUCCUGCAGACGCUUCAGACUCGCCAAAGCUCAGAAGGCCUGAUGCUAGAGCGCAAAUAAGACUGAAUUGCCUCCUUCCCUCAGUCUGUCUUUAACUCUGCCCUGCAUUUCACCAACACACUUACCCAAGGGGAGUCUGGGCUGAGGUCUUCUGAGCAGGUCAUAGGUGUCUCAAUUCUCAAGAGGAGAGAUUGUGAAAACCCCUCUACGUCCAAUUCCUAUUAGAUUAAGAUACCGCUGCUGAAUAUUUGUUUUUGAUAGGAGGCUCUGGGUACCUACUACGCCUAACCUGGUGCUUAAGGUCAUUUGUAGAGUUUAAUGUGGAGGUCAAAUGAAUGAGGAGUAUAGUAUAUUUUGUCUCUCAGAUCAGGCAAAUUCUUACUGUUUCUGCUCUGGAAGAACUUGAAUCAGUGUACUGGAGUACGUAUUAUGAAGCUCAAUGCCAAUGACAGAUAAAGCCAGUUGGCCUUGAGUACAGAAAUACUACUCUAUAUUAACCAGGAGUCUCCACCCACCACCAUGCUUUCUGAGACAUUCCAGUGUACAGUUAUACCACCCGUUCCAACACCAGAUGGCCUUUGUUUUAUCAUGUUUUUAAUGUGAUUCUUUCUAUUGGUUGUGAUUACCAUAUUUCAAUACUAUUUAAUCAUAGUCUUUGUUGAAUGUAAUAUAUAUAUAUAUACACACAUACUCACCGGCCAGUUUAUUAAGUACACCACUCCUCUGUAGCUCAGCUGGUAGA